AUGGCGGGUUCGAACGAUAUUCAUAAAGUAAGGCGCAGGCCAAAAUUUCGAGAUGGCGAAUUAGAAGAUGGCAAAGUUCAUAAAUCACGAUCAGGUCGACAGGAAGGAGAGGGCGGAGUUACAUCACUUGAGCCUGAUGUUUCUGAAGUCCGCAGAAUCCGUCUAGAAAGACUCGAGGGGAAUUCAACAAAUCGAUCGAUCCGCAACAGUGCAGCAGCAACUGAAAAGAUGCCCGCCGAUCCAAGUACUGAUGCGACAAAAUCAUCAUCGAGUCAUAGAAGAAGAAGACGGCAUCAUACUUCAGAAGACGGUGCUGGACAUCAUUCGCGAUCAAAAACAAGUGAGAGGGAGGAAAAAUCGGGAGGUGAUUAUGUUUAUGCUGCCCCAAGGGAGAGGCAGAGGGAGAAGGAAAGUGGAAGUAAAAACAAGCCUCGAGAGGCGACCAAAACGGAAAGGAGACGCCGGGAUGAAGAGGAUAAGUCUAGUAGUGAUUCUGAAGAUGAUGAUACCUCCCCAAUAGAACCUAUGGAUUCAAAAUCGAAGAAGAGAACCAAGGCUGUGGUUCCGGAGGAACCAAAGAGGUCAAGUUCAACUAGGAGGGUGAAGAAAGAGGAUAAAGACAAGUCACCUACGAAGGGCUCCGCAGAGGUAGGCACUUCAGGGACGAAGAGUGCAUCGCGUAGAACUAAAAUCACUGCCGGUGAUUCCGUGUCACGCCCUCCACUUUCGAGGAGUGCAACAACUCGGAUUACCACGGAACCUGCUCCAAUACUGAGGAGGAGUAAUACAACAGUGCCAAAGCCACCAGCAUCUGUCGCAAAUACAACCACUUCACAAACAUCACAACGCCGUGGUAGUUUUCUAGGAAGUUUCUUCUCAUCCGCACCACCACCACCACCUCCUCCUCCCCCCGAACCGGAAAAGCUUGUCGAAUGUCUAACCUGCCUAUCCGAUGAUAUUCCCAAAUCUAAAUGUGCCAAACUACGAUGUGGCCAUCGAAUGUGCCAUUCUUGUCUCAAACGAAUAUUCCGGCUUUCUGUUAAGGAUCCAGCGCAUAUGCCACCAAAAUGUUGUACAGCAGAACAUAUUCCAUUGAAACAUGUCGAAAAGCUAUUCGAUGUACCUUUCAAGAAACUUUGGAAUAAGAAAUAUCAAGAAUAUACUACGAAAAAUCGAAUAUACUGUCCGGCGAAGAAAUGUGGUGAAUGGAUCAAACCAGAAAAUAUUCACAAAGAGAACGGGAAAAAAUAUGGAAUCUGCGGGAGGUGUAAGACAAAGGUCUGCGCAUUGUGUAAUGGUAAAUGGCAUGGAUCGAAAGAAUGCCCUAAAGAUGAGGAAACAAACAAAUUGCUUGAAACUGCAAAACAAGCUGGAUGGCAACGUUGUUACAGCUGCAGGACUAUGGUAGAAUUGAAAGAGGGGUGUAACCAUAUGACUUGUCACUGUACAGCACAAUUUUGUAUGAUCUGUGGGCUGAAAUGGAAGACAUGCAAUUGCCCAUGGUUCAAUUAUGAAACAGCCGAGAAUGAUAGGUUGGAUGACAUGCAAGUUCCUCAACCCGUUCCAGUUCAAGAGGCUCCUGUCAGAAAUCCAGCAGCACCUCCAAGAAAUGCUCGAGACAGAGCGAGAAGACAACCACCCGCCAAUUACAAUGAAGAGCUCGAUCAAAGACGUCGUCAAGAACGCGAAGAUGAAAGGCUAGCUCGACAGCUUCAGAACUGGGGUACGGAUGGAAUGCCAACGAAUGAUCGCGAUGCAAACUAUAAUGGUGGAAUAGGCGAGGUUCAGGGGGUUGGCAAUGGCGCAAAUCAUUUCAUGAAUGAAGACUACAUACGCGAAGCUAGCGAUGUUCUAGCUCAACCUGGUGGGGUUAUGAACUUUGGUCUGGGAGUUACAAAUUUUCUUCCGGGAUUUUUAAGACCACGAGGGGUGGCUGCAGCAAAUCCAACUGUUGGCGAAAUGGCUGAUCGUUACCCAACAGUUGCUCCAGCUCCUGUACCUGAGCCACCUGCGGCACCGGGUCUAGUCAGAAGACAUACCACUCGGGAAACUGCAAGAGGCACUGGUCACACACGAAGAGCGUCAGAUAUUGUGGUGCCAAGAAGAACAAGGACUGAUUAUGCGGAUGAAGCAGCUAUCCUUGCGCCAGCUUCGAGAGCUUCUGCUACGCCUUCCAGAGUCUCUAGUUCUGCAUCAAAGCCAAAAAAAGAAAAGGAGAAGAAGACUAAGUCGUCAAUACUUGCUGGGCUUGGUAGUGGAAGAAACAGAGUAGAUGCUUGGAGAAAUCACGUUGCUCCUGGUGCACCACCUGCGGAACCAGUAUCUUGA